AAGAUGACGGAGGAACGUGACAAGUCUGCCACAGACCCUCCUUGCAGCCCUGCAGGUACGUCAAGUUCCAUGUCACACGACGAAUCCGAUUCGGAUGCUCCAUCUUCUCCAACCGGAUCCGACGGACAGGGAUCCCUCAUGUCUGGCUUGGGUAAAAAACUCGACGGUGACGACGAUGACCGUUUUCCAGCUUGCAUUAGAGAUGCUGUAUCACAAGUCCUUAAAGGAUAUGACUGGUCUCUGGUUCCGAUGCCUGUGCGGGGAAACGGGUCUUUGAAAAACAAGCCUCAUGUGAAAAGACCGAUGAAUGCCUUUAUGGUAUGGGCGCAAGCAGCGCGCAGAAAACUUGCAGACCAAUACCCACAUCUUCACAACGCAGAACUUAGCAAAACAUUGGGCAAACUGUGGCGCUUGUUAUCGGAGAAUGAAAAGAGACCAUUUGUGGAGGAAGCAGAAAGACUGAGAGUCCAACAUAAAAAAGAUCACCCUGAUUAUAAGUACCAACCUAGACGUCGGAAAAAUGUUAAACCUGGUCAGAGUGAUUCAGAUUCUGGAGCUGAGCUGAGUCAUCAGAUGUAUAAAGCUGAACCAGGAAUGGGUGGCCUUGUUGGUAUAGUUGAUGCUCAUCACCAUGCUGAUCAUACAGGUCAGCCUCAUGGGCCACCAACUCCUCCGACGACUCCUAAAACCGACCUACACCACGGUGGGAAACAAGAGCUUAAACACGAGGGCCGUCGGCUCUUGGACAGCGGAAGGCAGAACAUUGACUUCAGCAACGUCGAUAUCUCUGAGCUCAGCACGGAUGUCAUAAGCAACAUGGAGACCUUUGAUGUUCACGAGUUUGACCAGUACUUGCCUCUCAAUGGUCACUCUGGAGCCUCUGUUGCCUCCAUGCCCUCGGAACACGGUCACGGGCAGAACGUCAGCGCCGUGGGUGCUUACGGCGCCCCGUACAGUCACCCGGGCGCCAACGGGGCCUCCUGGAGCCGUAAAGGAACCAUGGCUUCCUCUUCUCCCAGCUCUAGCGACGUGGGCCAACACAGACCUCACAUCAAAACGGAGCAACUGAGUCCCAGUCACUACAGCGAGCAUUCUCACGACUCCCCAUCGCAUCCCGACUACAGCUCCUACAGUUCCCAGACCUGUGUCACCUCCGGCAGCGCUGCAACGGCGGCGGCCUCUUUCUCCAGCUCUCAGUGUGACUAUACAGACCUCCAGAGUUCCAAUUACUACAGCUCUUACACCAGCUACCCCUCCAGCAUUUACCAGUAUCCGUACUUCCAUCCUUCUCGACGGCCAUACGGAAGUCCCAUCCUCAACAGCCUGUCCAUUCCACCCUCCCACAGCCCCACAGCCAACUGGGAUCAGCCAGUUUAUACCACACUUUCCAGGCCAUGA